CAACAAAUGCUGUAAGGCUUAUUAUGUAGGUUUGUUUAACUUACCAGGAGAUCCGCUGUUUAUAGAAAAAAAAACAAGUGUAUGAGAAAAUGCGAUAUUUAUGUAUGUAAAUUAAUAAUUGUGUAAAGGUUAGGGUUAGCAUCUAGAUUCUCGCCGCCGCGAAGCUCAACUCGCAUGCUUGAGCUCGACGAGCGGGAUGAGCUCUACACCAAUAGCUUCGCUACUUUGUCGUACCGCGAUGGACUUCGUAGCAAUAAUACCCCAAACGGCCGCGUUCAUGUGGACGAUGCCAGUCAUUCGGAAGUGUUGAGCUCUCACCCGUUGUGCAGGGCUUCAGUAUCAUCAUGCACCGCAAAAGAUGUCGGUGAAAUACAAACGGCACUGUCGGAGGAUGCUCAUGACUGCCCUGCUGCCACAGAGGCGUCCGCCGAUACCACAGAUAGUCUAGAUGCCCCCAACCACCAUGACAUCGAUGACAUCUUGCAUACAGUUUCCCCUGGUGACUCGCUUGUCGCAAUCGCUCUACGAUAUGGCGUGUCGCUUUCAGCCCUCCGGUAUGCAAAUCAGCUAUGGCCAUCAGACCCAAUCCACCUCCGUACCCAACUCACCAUACCUCGGCAUCGUGCACGUCAUGCAAAACGAAGAGCUAUUUUGCAAGCUACCUCUUCUAGUACUCAGGAGACUGACAUUAUCUCCUCUUCAUCAUUUGCAUCUACUUCGUCACUCUCGUCAACACUUCUCGCCGCAAGAGAUACUGUUUUAUCUGCUUUCCCUCCGCGUAUCUCCAUAGAAUCCCUCAGCUCUCGCAUCAGCGCAACAGAUGAGGAACUCGAGCUUGAAAAUUUCCUCAAGCCUCGUCUGCAACCUCGCACCCCAGAGAUGGAUAAUCCAAACACUCAUGCCGUGCUUGGUGUCGAACUUGACACCCUGUCGCAUUCUCGGCGCAGCUAUAUGCCAGCACAUGAUAUAACCUCGCUACUUGGCCAUGCUCCGUCACCAGUAUCAUGUCAACAACUUCGCAAUCUUGCAUCUGAUCACCUUCAAACGUCCAAGCACAGUUCCCCCGCACCUGUAUUUGUUCCCGUGCGCAUAUCCCAGCUAGAGCCGGAACCUGCGAUGGAACUGCCAGUACUUAAAAAACAGAGGUAAGGAGGACGCGCAAAUCUUGUCGUCCACGUCCGCGAUUUUAGGAUUAGGAGGCCGCAGUAGUUUUAGCAUCCAUUAUUUCGGCUCAAAGCCUCAGUCCGAAACGUGCGCCUGUGUUAGACGGGCGUUGUGCAUAUUCGUGGGUAUUGGGGCUGCCCACAGUCCACUGGUGGCGCUGACUUUAUCUUAUUUGCCAUAGCACGAUAUCUUUCCGCGAGCACA